AUGUCAAACAAUAGAAAGGUCGCUAUUUUCUGGGACUAUGAGAAUUGUAGUCCUCCCUUGAAUUCCCAAGGACAUGCCAUUGUAAAUGGCAUUCGACGAAUUGCCCAUGUCUUUGGAUAUGUGAUGUCGUUCAAAGCAUACUUUGACAUGUCCUCUCAGUCCUCUCAGAAGUCUAUCGGGUUUCGCUCCGACCUUCAGUCCUCUGGGGUGUCCAUAAUUGACUGCCCCCACAAUGGCAGGAAAGAAGUCGUGGACAAGAUGAUUCUCGUGGACAUGAUUGCAUUUGCUGUCGAUAAUCCUUCACCUGCCACCGUUAUUCUGAUAGCCGGCGACCGAGAUUACGCUUAUGCCAUAUCAACCCUCCGCCUUCGACAGUAUAAUGUCGUCCUCAUCGUACCUCCAGCUCAAAAUAUUCCCCAGAGCCUGGAAUCUCAGGCUUCUGUCGUGGUGGACUGGAAUUUCGCUAUUCUUGGAAAGCGCACAGAAGCCGAUAUAUCACCUGUACGGCAACCUUAUCGCAACCUCGACGAAGAUAUCGUAGAACGGUUAUCACGCGAGUUUUGCGAUUCGAACGAAGAUCCUGCUGUCACCCUUCUUUCUUCGAAUCUCCCCACAUCAUCGGCCCACACGCGGCGUGUCAGUGCAGCAGAGCUGCUGCAGCCGUCAGUAUUUGAACACAAUUCAGACACAGCUUCGGAUAAUGCUACUCAGCCUGCCUCGACGUUGACGCCGAAGAAGGUUGCUAGCAUGAUCCAUGAGACGCCUGUACGUCCUAGAUUCGAGUCUGUGGCUAAAUUCCCACCUCCACCUCCGCCACCGCCCGCCGUCACGUUCAACGCAAGUUCGAAGAACGCUCCCCUCCCCUCUUCGUCACACACUCGUACCAUCUCGGGGGGCACCUCUGUCCCAUACGUCAGCAAAACCCAGAACGCUGUGCCUACUGCAGUGCCCUUGUCACCUGUGAUAUCCUCACGGGGGCGAAAUGAUGGCAUUACUGCACCAAAUUCAACGAACAUUGACCUUACCUCAGCCAUGUCCCCGAUUGCUAUUGAUUUGCUUCAGCAUGACAAGAACGUGUAUCUGAACGCUGGAGUGACCAGGUUCGCGCAAUACACCGCACUAGCAGAAAGUGCGUCUCUUAUCCAGCUUGGUGGGCGGGAGGGCGACGCAUGGAUAGCACUCCAUCCGGAUUUGUUUAGUCAGGACAUCGACUUGGAUACACCCCAGUCAUCAUCCACCCCACCGACUGUCCAUGACAACUCUCCUACACCACAGGACAACAUUCCUUAUAAUAUGACGUCAACUCCAUCUUCAUCUUCAUCAGCUACGCUACCACCAAGCACUGAAUCGCCAGGUCCCACCAAACCACUGAAACUGAACCCAAAAGCUGAGCCUUUCAGGGCAGUUGUGCCGAUUCCGCUUUGCUUCCGGCCGCUCAUCAUCUGCCUGGCGAAAUUUCGUAAUGAUGGGGUACCCAAGCCCGUUCGUUCAGCACUUGGCCAAGAGCUUGGUCCCGCGGCAUAUUCUCAAGCUGGCACGUCCAGCCUAAAAGAAUAUCUAGCUCAAGCGUUGCACGCCGGUGUUGUGGAAUGUGGAGGAAGUGGUGAUUCCGCGUGGGCAAGGCUUCACCCUGAUGUGCUGAAUGGAAAGCGUUCGUAUUAG